AAUCUGUCGUCGUCGGGUAAUUUGCCGGCAUACCUCGUCGGAGAAAGGGUAUGUGGUCGUCGGGUAAUUUGUCGGCGUACCUCGUCGGAGAAAGGGUCUGUCGUCGUCGGAAGGUGGCGGUCGCCGGCGGGAGGUGGCUGUCGCCGGCGGCGAGUAUUGUAGGAUUGUGUUUGGAAAAGUGUUUGAAUGUUUUGGUCUUGGAAUGUGUGAACUAAAUGUAUUUAAAUGUCAUGGGUAUUAUUGUACUUUUUAUAAUUUAG